AUGGCACAUGACGGACAUAAUUCGUAUUUGUUCCGAUGGAAGAAGCUUGGAAAUAAAACAGCUGUUCAGAAGAUGCUUUUGAAGAAUGGUGAUACUGAUCAGUGGCGAAAGCAAGUAGAGAUGUCUUCCAAACUUGCUGUGUCUGAGGUUUUCUCCCACAAGAAACCCCUUAUAGGCUCACCUGACCUGGCUGUGCCUCUGCAAAGCUCUGCCCAGUUAAAGGAUCAUGAUGAUGCUUACAGUGAAGCUCAGGCACUUUUAGGUGAUUGGCUGCACAGUAAAUUGCGUCUGGAGCUAGAGAUGGAUGAAGAAGAUGACCCGAUCUUUUCUGCUGAGAAACACGGUCCCAUUGCAUUGGAUAUUUGUACACCAACAGCUCUUAACUACACCAACUUUGAUGAUUUUUACAGUUGUUUGACUAAAGAAGAGGAGAGUAGCACCAUAAACAAUUUUCUACAAGAACUAAUGGAACAAGAGGUCCUAGACUCUGCAAUGAUAGACCAGUUAGCAAUGGACGUUAGACAGACAAGAAAGUUCAGAAACCCAGCCAUCACAAUGGAAGUAAGACAUAAGCAGGUGCGUGAGAACAGGGCCAGACGGGAUGCUGAGAGGCAGAGGCAGCAGAGAGAGCGAGAGACUCUGCAGGAGGCCAGAGAAGAGGCCGGAAGGAGAGAGAGAGAGGCGGAGCUGAAGAGGAGGCAACAAGCUCGCAAGCAAGAGGACAAGCUUCAGCAGGACAUGGUCAGGCUGCGACGGCAGAUGGAGGAGCGGAGGUGCGCCCAACAUCUGGCUCGACAGAGGGAAAGAGAAUGUGAAAAGAGGGCAGUUGCCAAGAAUCUACAAUGUGCUCCUCUGAUUCCUAUAGCAUGUCAGAAGAUAGACCAGCAACAACUGUAUAUAGAACAACAGUUUCAGACACUGCUCUAUAUGCACAACAUUAAGUGUCUACAGAGGCAUUUCACUGCAUGGUUUUCAGUGGUGCUGAGCCAAAGGAUUCGCAUGGGCAAGGCCAAGACUGUGUGUGAGUGGCGGAGGAAGUUGAGAGUGUGGCGGGCUUGGCGGGCCCAAGUGUUACUAAAACAACAACUACGAGAAGUAGAGAAAACGGAGGAGGAAUUAAGGGUAGAGAAUAGAUGCUACCUUUUGGCUGUGCAGAGUGACAAAAGGCGGUUGUUGCAGCGUUUUCUGAAUAAGUGGCAGGUAUGGACUCAGAUGGAGAGGGAACAACGAAAGCUCUUGAGUCAGCAGCAGGAAACUCGCCACAAGAUGGCUGCCUUAAUCAGUGCAGCGACAAGUGGCAAACUCAGAGCUAUACAAAACCCAACCUGUCAGGCAGUAAUGGCUCCAGCAGAGACAGCCACGCAAACCGAGCACAAGAGACCUCAUCAAAGUGCAGAGUCUGUAGCUUCUGAUACAUCUCUGGUACAUCAGGAGAAAAACCCAGGGGCCAACAUGGCUCCCGUGACCCAGCCCACUGAGCCAUGGCAGAUAAGCCGUCAGCAUGCAGCCCCCAGUGGAGCUGAGAUCCGGAGGGCACUGCAAGACAGGGGUUCAUCCUGUCUGAAAAAACUGACUGCACCAGGAGCUCGCUUUGAGCACAGACAUACCAUGCAACAACAGAUCAUCUCCCAGCAGAGGAAGCUGCUCAAGGAACAACAAGAGCAAAUUGUACAACUGAAGGAGCAGCUUGUGAUAAGCUUAGAGCUUGAGGAACAGAAGACAGCACAGCGCCUCCAGCUGGCAAGUGCAUCAGAUACGAGGCCAAGGAUGCACAAGCCUGAGCCCAGAGAGCAAAGGGCACCGGAGGUUAGUGGACAACCUGACACUCCAUGUGGGCCUCAGAAGAAAACUGUCACACGGCAGACUUGUUCUCAUCCAAUAAUUGCUGCUAUGGAGACACGAGCGAGGCAGCGGGCAGAGCGGAGGAAACAAGUGGAAGAAAUCAAAAAAAGGAAAGAAGAUGAGAAGUUGGCUGAGAUGAAAGCAGCGGAAGAGCAGCGGCAAGGAGAAGAGGAGGAAGAGAAACGUAGAGCAGUGGAGAGGAGGAGAGAGGAGAGGAGACUGGAAAGAGAGAGGGAAGAGGAGAGACAGAGACAGCUCAGAAGACAACAUGAGCUGAUGUCUUUGGCCCGUCAACAUUACCAUCAAACACUCUUAAAACAGUGCGGAUUGGCUCCAUGGAAACGUCUGGUUCAGCUGACACAGGCCAACAUGCAGCUGGCCCAGAAUCAUCACGAUCUGUUCCUCCUGAAGCAGUGCACUCUCAGCUGGCAGCGCAUGGCACGAGAGUCCCUUUCUGAGAAAGAAGCUUCUGCUGACCAACUGUACCAGCACUUUCUGCUACGAAGGAGCUUAGGCACUUGGAAGAAAUUAAUGGACUGGCAACUGAUUCAGGAGGAGAGAGCCGAGCGUUUCUACCGUGUUCGCACUUUUAGAAGGGUCCUGCAGGCUCUGCAACAUUUGGUGACCCAGAAUAGGCUGCUGGAGUGGGACUGUCAGGAGCUGGCUGAGCAGCACAAUAACAGACGAGUGUUAAAGCGAUGGUUCCUAGCCUGGAGGCAGCUCCCUGUCCUGCUGCGGAGAGAGAGAGAGAAGGAGCAACGUCGAGAAAAGUUGGUGCAGAAAGUAGUUGAGAUUCUCCCCGAUUUCUGCACCCAUCCACCAUAAAUCAUGAGGGAGCAGAUCUUGUCUACUCUAUACAACAUUAACUAACUCCGGGAAACACAAUAAUAUUCACACACAGUUUUUGUUUAAUUAAAAAAAAAUUUAAUACUUUUAUACAAACACAUAAUCAAAUGAGUGUAAGUGUUGAGUUAUUAAAAAAAAAACAAUAAUUCCUUUGAGUUGAGACCAAUAACGCAGCUAUAAUGCAAAGCGCUGAAAGGCAGAAUCUUAUUUCUCUAGUAGACAUUCAUUUGUAUUAAUUUACCUCCUUUUCUUUCAGCCAUGGUCUUACAGAACAGUUAAGUCUUGGAAUGAGUCUGAACCAUUUUAAAGAUGCCAUUUAUAUCUCUGUCAAUCCAAAUUAUUAAUGGAAAGGCACACUGUGAAACACUAAUUAGCUAAAUAAUCUAGUGUGCUCUGUAAUAAAUGGCCAUGACACAUUUGAUGACUAUGUACUGAUGAGAGGGUAUAAUUGCAUUGUGAAGAGAGGAAAGAGGGCUUGAAGCCAGUCUAGAAACAAACAUUU